UUUUCCUAAUUUUUACUGCAAUUACGCAUAAAAAUUGAUAUUAUAUAGUUUCCAGGGAAAAUACAACCAAUAUGUCCAAUAAAUACGCACAGAACACUAAUAUAGCAUUGCAAAACCAGCUGGUACAAUGGAUAAACGAUGCAGGUAUGGCGGAAGGCCACAAGAAAGCGGAUCUUCUCCGUAAGAUUAUAGAAGUCCUGCUUCAUCAAGCGUCUCAGAUGGUCCCUGUGUAUAUAGAUAACAUCCUCAGUUAUGUGAGCGAUAAAUCUACAGAGGUUAAGAAGCAAGUUCUAGCUUUUAUAGAAGAAAUCAGUAAGCUCCAUCCACAAUAUCUGCCAAAAGUAAUAGGCGGGCUCCGUCUUCUCGUCAUCGACGAAGUUAUUGCUGUACAGAAGAGAGCCAUACAGGCCUCGAGCAUUGUGUAUAGGAAUACUUUGCUGUGGAUCUGCAAAAGAUAUGCAGAGCAGACCACAGACCUUACUGAUGUACAGUAUGUGUGGCAACAUCUUACAGAACUUAAGUUAAUAGUACUAAACAUGAUAGAUAGCGAGAAUGAAGGCAUCAGAACACAUUCAAUCAAAUUCCUUGAAGAGGUGGUGCUGCUACAAAGUUCUGGUGGCAACACUGAUAGCAAUGAAUUCACAUUGGAUAGUUUACCUUUGCACAUUCCAUUCUUGAAACGGGGAGCUCUCGAAGAAGAAUCUGAACACAUUUUUACCCUACUAGUGAAGUUCCACAACUCGCAGCACAUAUCGAGUGUCAACUUAAUGGCGUGCAUGACUACACUCUGCUUUCUGGCCAAAUACCGACCGCAUUUCAUGCCACGUGUGGUACUGGCGCUUGCUGACUUACACACCACGUUACCGCCAACCUUGUCACAAUCUCAAGUGAACUCUGUCAGAAAACACUUGAAAAUGUUACUGAUAAACAUUGUCAAGCAUCCUUCUUCGAACGAUAUGCUGCCUCAACUAACUCAGCUGCUUUUAGACAUAGGUAUGACACAGCAGGAAAUUAACAAGGUUAUCCCUAAAGAACGAAGGAAUAAAAGACUAGGGGAAAUCAAAAAUGGGGACGUGCCAGCUAAAAGAUAUAGAGUUGAUUCUCCUCAAAGUAACAGUAUGGGGAGUGAUAGUAACAGUCGAAGUGACUUUAACUUUGAUGAGGAUAGUAACCAAGCAAUUUUGCCCACUACUACACUGCUACAGCCAGCUGCACAGUUACCUGCGCCGCUGCCUGUGCCAAAACCUCUAAAUGAAGAUGUGCUUUUUGAUGCCCUUGAUAAUGUUCAUAAUGUAGUCAAGCUUGUGAUGGCUACAUUAGCCAACAACCUGCCCGAUGACAUGCCUGAAAAUUUCAUCAAUGUUUAUAAACCUAUACCAAAUUCAGGCAGCAAAGCGCAGAAAAAGAAUUUAGCCAAAAUGAUGAUGGCUCAUAUUAAUGGGGAGCCCUUACUUUCCCUGACGCAUGUUCCAACGUCAUCGCUGACUGAUUUGGCUGCUAAAAUACCUUUGUUAAGAGAUGAUGACGAAAAGAUUACUCUUAAGAAUGCUGUUGCAAAACUUCAAGAGUCCACAAAAGCGGAUAAGAAAGUUGAGGAUGCAGUUUCCAAACUAAUGGAAGAAACAAGACAUUUGAAAGAAGAGGAAAGAAGGACCAAAAAUAUGGAGAAAGAAAAGGAAAAAGAGAAACACAUCCCUCCACCGACGCCUACCGUCCCAAAAUUAAAGCAGAAAGUGAAGCUACUCAAAUUGCAAGAAAUCACUCAACCUAUACCAAAAGAAAUAAAAGAAAAACUAAUGAUUCAGGCUGUAGCCAGGAUUCUGCACGCGGAAAAAGACGCAGCAAUUGGAGGCGCAGCACAGUUACGUUCAAAAUUCAUCACAAUAUUCGCAUCUAGUUAUACUCCAGAAAUCCGCGAUUUAGUUCUCAAUUAUAUAUUAGAAGACCCUGCUAAUAGGAUAGACCUAGCUUUAUCCUGGUUGUAUGAAGAAUAUGCCUUCAUGCAAGGUUUCAACCGUCACCCUGUAACCUUGCAGCCUAAAAUGCAUGAGAAGCAUGACCAAAACUACAAUCAAUUGUUGUGUGCAUUGAUUACACAGCUUUUUGAGCGCGGCGAACCAGCUACUGAGAGUUGCAAAGAUGUUCUACUGCGAAAGAUUUACUCUGAAGCCCCUGUCAUUACGGAUGAGGCGAUUGAUUACUUGAAACAUCUCGUAACGGAAGAGAAAGUGGCAUUUUUAGCCUUGGAACUCCUGGAGGAGCUUUGCAUCAUGAGACCACCGCGAGCUCAUAAAUAUGUACCUUCUCUUGUUUGCCAUGUUUUAAGCGAAAACGCAGAAAUCCGUGAAACAGCUCUAAAAUCAGCACUCAAAGUGUUUUCGCGAAGCACAGACGCCGCGCGCAAGGCAAUCGAGAAACAUGCUUCGCUUUAUCUCGGAUUCAUAUCGCUGAGCUGUCCGCCCUCCGAGCUAUUAGGGGGAAGACAUGCUCGAAUGGCGUGGACCGAUGACAUGUAUAAAACUUGCCUGAACCUUGUUAUGGCUUUGUUCCCCGAGAACGAAGCAAAUCAUUUAAUAAUCGAGGUAGCGCGUGUUUACGGUUGCUCGGGCGCUGAAGCGAAACGUUGCGUACUUCGCGCAGUGGAAGGCCCGCUUCGAGCGGCCAUUGCGAAGCAGCCCCCCAUCCGACCUGCCUUCCUCGCGCUUCUCGAAGAAUGUCCGAGAGGAUCGGAGACUUUGCUCACUCGACUCGUGCAUAUGCUUACUGAGCGAGCUGCACCUUCGCCUGAAUUGGUGUCGCGAGUACGGGAGUUAUAUGCAACGAGGGUCUCGGACGUGAGAUUCCUUAUACCCGUGCUUAACGGACUCUCCAAGAAAGAGAUCCUAGCCGCAUUACCAAAGCUAAUAAAGCUGAAUCCAGUGGUGGUAAAGGAAGUGUUUAACAAACUUCUAGGUUUACAGACUCCGGAUGAUGAGAAUCCGCCUGUGACGCCGUCGGAGUUGUUGGUCGCUCUGCAUCUCAUCGACCCCGCGAAAGCCGAUCUCAAGUACAUGAUCAAGGCCACAGCCAUCUGUUUCGCCGAGAAGCAAGUCUACACGCAGGACGUGGUGUCAGCAGUUUUGCAACGGCUAAGUGAGGAAUCGGAGAUUCCGGUACUGAUGAUGCGCAGCGUUUUACAGGCGCUGACACUCUACCCCGCCGUCGGCCCUCUUGUACUCAACAUAUUAGAAUUGUUGCUCGAGAAAGAGGUGUGGAGCCACAAGGUGGCCUGGGAGGGUUGGGUGAAGUGCUGCGAGCGCCUGCUGCCGCAGUCGUGCUUCCUGCUGGCGUCGCUGCCGGCGCGCGCGCUGCCGGCCGCGCUGCAGGCGUCUCCGGCGCUGGCCGCGGCGCUGCGCCACCACGUGGCCGCCAUGUCCGCCGCCGAGCGCGCGCUGCUGCCGCCGCACGUGGCCGCGCACCUCUCGGAACCCCAGUUCAACGUGCCAUCAUCGGCCACGCCCUUAGAGCCGCUGCCGCCUGGCAUGGAAUGACCAGAGUUUGAACCUUCCGACGAGACACAGUAAAGAAGAUAUUUACGAACUGUUUUAACGUGGGAUAGUUAAUGUUUCCGAGAAAUGGAAAGUCCACCUUCAUAGACUUUAUAGUGUAUUUACUUUGCGCAACGGUACUGUCAACCGCACGCUAAGCUUUGCACUUAAGUACGUAGUAACACGAGCAGCAUAACGUCUUCAUAACAACUACAAAGUAGCAGUACGUUAGUUGGCAUAUAGACUGACAGCAGUUAGGACUCUCUUAUCGUAAAUGUGCAUCACUUGAGAAGUUUAAAAAAAGGGUUUAAAUCUUAAAUGCAAAGCCCAAGUGUCGUUAACGGUACUUCGCGCCUGUCAGAAACGAUCGUAAUUAGCAAAUAAAUCGGACAUACGCUGUACAUGUUCUUGUACAAUAAGGGCCCGCACACGUCGGCGAAUGAGAUUGAAGAGUACAUUAAAUACGUCAAUGUAUAUUUUAACCUAUAAAUUCUAAUAAGGUAUAAAUUUCAAUGCUUUGAGACCAACCUCGGAAUAUCGCAUCGCAUUUCAAUCUACGACACGCUAGAGGAUACCGCGGCGGGAGACGCCAUUAUGCGAUGGUUAUGCCGCGGAGUCUGCCUGAAUGCACUGGAGUAGCGGCAAACGGGCGUAAGCGGACGCUGCGGUACAGUGGCAUCGUAUGGAAUGCUUCUCAUCAGUGUACACUGGCAGGUUCAAGAUCCUCUUCGAUGCUCUCCUCCGCCGUCUGUCGAUUACCGCUGACCUAAGGGUCAGCAUUCAGUCUUUGGAUACCUAAGUGUCCAAGGAUUGAAUUAAUGUAGCGAGACAAUACUCUGUUAUCUAUUAAUAGGCCCAAAGAAAGAAAUCAAGGCAAAGAUGAAAUAACUCCUAGAUUGACACUUAAGAAAGGGAUAAUAUUAUUUGAUCCCCAAAGAAAUAAUUGGUCUAUUGUAAAUGUGCACUUUUUUAAAUAAAUGAUAUUUUUUUAUGUUUGA